UGGUCAUUUUACAGGGCAAAACGUACUAAUUUAGGAAAAAAAAAAGUAUAACAUAUAUUUUGCACCAUUUCAUUUUAGAAAAGUGUAGCAUGUAAAAAAAAAAAAAAUAGAAGAAAUAUAUAAAUUUAUUUUUUUGCGCUUCUAAAAUUGUGUGCAAUGACAAAAAAUUCUUCUUAUCAUAAAUUCUCAAAAGGAAAAAAAAAAAAAACAAAUUUACCCCUUUCCUUUCUCCUUAUGGUAGUAGUAUCUCUUAAACCCUUGUAAAACCAUUGCAGAAACCCUCCCUCCGUUUUCUCUCAUUCCACCCUACUACUCUCUCUCUUUCUCUCCAAAUGGGUUCCGGCUUCGUAUUCGAGGCUCCAAGCGACGAAGAAUCCGAACACGAACUCAACUCCGACGACGAACAACAAACCAAAUCAGCUUGGGACUUCGCCGCUUACUCCGAAGCCGUCGCCGAAGAACACGCCCGCCGCCACACCACCUCUGUCGACCAAAAAAUCCAAAAACUUCGCCUGCAGAAAAACUCCUCUCAUUCUAACCCUACUUAUUCUGACUCUGGCUCCGAUUCCGAUUCCGAGCACAACAAACAAGAGGAUUACAAGCCAGAGGAGGGAGAUGAUGAUGAUAAUGAUGCUGUUGAUGUUAAUAAUAAGAAGCCUUUCUUUGCAGCAGCUGAAGGUGUUUCCUAUCAAGCUAUAUCGUUUCUCGAACUCAAUCUUUCGAGGCCGUUGCUUCGAGCUUGUGAAGCGUUGGGGUACUCUAAGCCUACUCCAAUCCAGGCAGCUUGCAUACCAUUAGCGAUGAACGGACGUGAUAUAUGUGCCAGUGCAAUUACCGGUUCCGGGAAGACCGCAGCUUUCGCCUUGCCAACUCUGGAGAGGUUGUUAUUCCGGCCAAAGCGUGUACCAGCAAUUAGGGUUCUUAUACUUACUCCGACAAGGGAGCUAGCUGUCCAGGUCCACAGUAUGACAGAAAAACUUGCUCAGUUUACAGAUAUAAGAAGCUGUCUGAUUGUUGGUGGACUAUCACCUAAGGUGCAAGAGGCUGCAUUAAGGUCGUUGCCAGAUGUGGUUGUGGCCACCCCAGGACGCAUGAUUGAUCAUUUACGGAAUUCAAUGUCUGUAGAUUUGGACGAUCUUGCUGUUUUGAUUCUUGAUGAGGCUGAUCGACUAUUGGAGCUUGGUUUUAAUGCUGAGAUUCAAGAACUUGUUCGCAUGUGCUCCAAGCGGAGGCAGACACUGCUGUUUUCUGCCACAAUGACUGAACAGGUGAACGAGCUUGUCAAACUAUCUCUAAAUAAACCCAUCCGUCUGUCAGCUGAUCCUUCUGCUCAGCGGCCAGCAACUUUGACUGAGGAGGUUGUGAGAAUAAGGAGAACACGUGAAGCCCAUCAAGAGGCUGUGCUUCUUGCAUUAUGCUCAAAAACAUUCACAUCCAGAGUUAUCAUUUUUAGUGGAACAAAGCUGGCUGCUCACAGGUUGAAGAUCUUGUUUGGAUUAGCGGGCCUUAAAGCAGCAGAGAUUCAUGGCCAUCUUACACAAGCUCAGCGUCUUGAUUCUCUUGAACUGUUUAGAAAACAGGAAGUAGACUUCUUGAUUGCGACAGAUGUUGCUGCUCGAGGGCUUGACAUAGCUGGAAUUCAGACAGUCAUUAACUUCGCAUGUCCUCGAGAUCUUACAACAUAUGUGCAUCGAGUAGGUCGUACAGCAAGAGCUGGUAGGGAAGGAUAUGCUGUCACAUUUGUCACGGAUAAUGACCGUUCUCUACUAAGGGCCAUUGCAAAAAAGGCUGGUUCUAUGUUGAAGAGCAGAAUUGUUGCUGAACAAUCGAUAAAUAAGUGGGUGCAGAAAAUUGAACAGAUGGAAGAUCAGGUUAUUGCUAUUGUUCGUGAAGAGAGAGAAGAAAUGGCUCUGAGAAAAGCCGAGAUGGAAGCAUCAAAGGCUGAAAAUCUGAUUGUUCACAGGGAUGAAAUUUUCUCCCGGCCUAAAAAGACAUGGUUUAUAACGGAAAAGGAGAAAAAAUUGAUGGCAAAGGAGAUGAAGGCAUCCUUGGGAAAGGAAAAAAAUUCUGGUAAUGAUGUUGUCAGUGCCCAGCAAGCAGAAGACCUGAAAAUGAAGGAAAAAAGGAAACGAGAGCGUGAGAAAAAUCUGCCUAGGAAGAAACGCAGAAAGCUGGAAGCUGCUAGGGAGAUGUUGGAAGAGGAAAACGAGUCUGGUGAUUCAGAAGAGGAGAAUAAAAAGGGUAGGAAAGAUAAAAGUGGAAUACCACUUGUUGAUGUGGCCUACCGCAGAGCAAAAGCUAUCAAGGCUGGGAAUAAGGCUCAAGAAGCUGGUAAAAAAAUUAAAAAGAUAGGGAGGAAAGCAACACAACCUCAGUCAAGAACAGAAGAGAUGCAGGAGCUAUUCCAGACUGAUAUGAGUGAGAGACGGUUGAAAAAGACUGUUCAGCGAGCUGGACAAAAGGCAAAAAGUUCAUUUAAGAGCAAAUCAAGGUAUAAGCGGAAGUAGAUUUCAUCCAUUCAAGAUUAUUGACAAUCUUUCAAAGCGAGCAGGAGUUGCACGUCAAGCAAUCAAUUUUCACUUCCGUAGAACAUAUAGGAAGGCAUAGCCCGAAUUCCAUUGGGCAAUCUUCAUUGGAAUUGUGCUGGCUCUCAGCAAGAUUGGUAUCAGCAUGCUCUAGGAGUUCAGCAAGAGAUUAAAUUUAGCGUUGCCUAUCCUUGGAGGGUACUCAGGAUUAACCUGUGGUGAUCAUGCUUCAAGAAAGCUUGACAGUGGCUUUGGUUUGUAAUUUUUCAAGAAAGCUUGAUAGUAGCUUUGGUUUGUAAUUUUUGAUACUAUUGCUAAUAUAUGUACUAUAUAAAUUAGUGAAAGAUGAUUAGUUGUACA